AUGCCAUGCAAAGCACUGGCCCACACCCACAAGUCGGAGAAAAUUGCAAGUCUAGAGACCUCCAUUUGGUUUCAGGAAGAAAAAAUCACCGGAGCGACUCGCUGGAUGGACCGUAUUGAAGAGUCUGCCCACAUGCGUUGGAAGGAAACACAAGAAGAUUUGCAGUCCAUCCGAAGUGAUCACCAGAGACUGGAAGCCGAGGUGAGGGAAGCCGUCAAGACACUGGAGAACAAGUGGGAGACUACGCCAGCUGCGUUACAAGAGAGUCUCACCCGGGGCUUUGAGAAACUUGCAAGCCACAUCGAAACUGCCGAGCUAACACUCCACGACCUCACCAAAUCAGUCACUACUAUUUCGGAGCUCAACCUGCGGCUCGGUGCUCGCCAAUCAAGUCUGGAAUCACUCAUUAUCCAGUUCCUCGGCAACAAGGAGAAGAAGCACACUGGCAUCAAUACCGAUCGCUCAGUCUCACCCGACUGCAGUCAGAAAAGGCAGCAGGUACAAGUCUCCCCGACCCCGGGUGUCGUUCUGCCAAACCCAGUUUCAACCGAUCACGCGCAAGUCUCUCCAACCCCGGCCGUCUUUCUGCCUCCAGCAUCUGAGAGCCCAGUGGUCCUUCUGUUGGCGCCAAACCCAAUUCCUCCAACCUGGGCAAGUUCGCCCGGUCCUUACAUUGGGAGUAAUAGGAAGUCACCUUGGCUACAGAAACUCGAACCCACACUUCAAACCCCCGCACAGACCGAGUGCGGUUGUUUGAGCCAGACCCGUUCCAACAUGGUCAUGGACCCAGUAAACUGCAUGACCGAAUACUGGACCAUGACCGGCAAAGAAAAGCCAAGUGUCAACUGGAUGGGACCAGGUUGGGCUGAUCCACGCUGCAUGGGAUUCAAAGCUCUUCAGCAGACCCAUGACACAUGA